AUGAAUUCUAAUAGUCGUGAUUCUUUUGAAGUCGAUGAUGGCUUAGAAGGGGUUGACGAUUUUAUGAACGAACCAAAUCCAUUCGAUGAUGAUCAAGCCAUUAUUCCUGAUACCGAUGAACCAGUUGGCAUUUUUAAGAAAGAUUCUGCCGUAAUUAGUACCAUUGCAGAAGCUAACAUAUUUAAGGAAGGUAAUAAUAUGGAAUCCCCACCACCGUACGCCGACCCUAUUCCAUCUGGGAACAUUAACAAUUCUGAAAACAUAAAUGAUAUUACAACACCAAGUGAUAUAAACUCUAAUGCUAAUAAUUUAGGAGAGCUAUCACCCUCUCUUCUAAAUUAUUAUGCGAAAUUUUUUUUAUUAACGUCAGAUGAGUUCAAAACCAGAGUUUACCAGAGCAUUUCUAUUAAGAACCCCGUCACUUCUGAUCUUGAACAGGUACCAACAACUGAAAAUGGAACUAGUGAUAUUUCAAUUUCUUACAAAUGCGACUUAUAUGGUCCUGUUUGGAUGACAGCAUCGGUUGUAAUGACUAAAUUUGUUACCUCUGGAUUUAUUAAUGUUUUAAUGAAUGAUCUAAUAAAAGGUGAAAAAUAUUCAGACUUAACAGAUAGAAACAACCAAUUCUUAGGGUUAGUGCAUUCUAUUUGGCUGUUUUAUGGAUAUACUUUUUUAAUUUCAGUUUUAAUCUUUUAUUUUAUUACAAAAACUACUUCUAUCACUAAUACAACGAAUAAUAAUGAUGCCAGUGAUCAUUAUUUGAACACUCGUACUAUAAAGAAAAUUUCAAGUCCGGUUGAAGUUAUAUCAAUUUAUGGUUAUUCUAAUAUCAAUUGGAUACCAAUUUGUAUUAUCAUGGAUAUUUUAGAAAUAUUUAGAUCGAAAAAGGCUGUUUUAAUUGCUAAAUGCAUCACUAUUACUAUUGGUGGUAUUAAAUCUGGGUUUACAUUGUUCAAAAAUAUAAACAAUAGUAGCACUGUUGAUAGAAUGAGCUAUACCUUAAUUUUACUACUUUCCUUACAUGCAUUGUUUUGUAUAUCAAUUAUGUUCUUAAUGUGGUAA